UUUCUUUUCCUGUUUGACUUGGGUGCGUGCCAGUGACACACGCCAUAAAUCUCUUCUAAGAAACCCGCUUCCUUCCACCGCCGCCGGGGUCCCAGGACUCGGAGGCGGAGUGCAGCGAGCGCCGCCUUCGCUGCCGCUCAGAGCCGCGCGGCCAGGAGGCUCCGCUCCAGGCCGUCUGGAUUUGCCGAAAGCUUUCGCGAAGCCGGGGAGUAAUGCCGGCCUGAAGGUUUCACUCGACGGAUCGUCAUUAAGGCGAUCGCUCCCCCAGUCCUCGCCCCCCCCCCCGUCCCGCCUACGGUCACGCCAGCUCGACAACACAAACAUGCGGUGCUUAAAGGAGAAGUUUAUUUUUUCUUGUUAAAUUCAUGCAGCCUCUCACGGGGCCAUCGUGGCACAGGCAGAUGGCGUCCCGCGCCGUCGUGCUCAAACCCCGACGCAGGACCCGUCCAGAGGGCGAGGACUACCAGCCGCCCAUAUGGAAAUCCUACCUGUACCAGUUGCAGCAAGAGGCUCCUCACCCCAAAAGGAUCACGUGCACACAGGAGGUCCCCAAUCGCCCCAAGCACUACGGCCGAGAGUUCCACGGGAUGAUCUCGCGAGAAGACACGGACAAGCUCCUCGGAGGGCUCGAGGGGAGCUACCUGAUCCGGGAGAGCCAGCGUCAGCCGGGCACCUACACGCUGGCGCUGCGAUUCGGGAACCAGACGCGCAACUUCCGCCUCUUCUACGACGGGAAGCACUUUGUGGGCGAGAAGCGCUUCGAGUCGAUCCACGACCUGGUCACGGACGGCUUCAUCACCCUCUACGUGGAGACCAAGGCGGCCGAGUACAUCGCGCGCAUGACCAUCAACCCCAUCUACGAGCACGUGGGCUACACCACCGCCGGCUCGGCGGGGCCCGCGGGAGGCGGUGGCGGCGGCGGCGGCGGGAGCGGGAACUGGCGCGCGGCGCGCUCGGGCGCCGCUCGGGACGUCCGCGCUGUCACGCCGUCCGCGCUCGCGGACAACGAUCUGAGCUCGCCCGGCGACAAGCUGUCGGCGCUGGUGCGGCGCGCCACCCUCAAGGACGGCGAGCACACGGCCAAGUACGAGAAGGCGCACAACUUCAAGGUGCACACGUUCCGGGGCCCCCACUGGUGUGAAUACUGCGCAAACUUCAUGUGGGGCCUCAUCGCGCAGGGAGUCAAAUGUGCAGACUGCGGCUUGAACGUGCACAAGCAGUGCUCCAAGGUGGUUCCCCACGACUGCGAGCCGGACCUGAAGCACGUGAAGAAGGUGUACAGCUGUGACCUCACGACGCUCGUCAAGGCUCACAACCGCAAGCGGCCCAUGGUGGUGGACAUGUGCAUCAAGGAGAUUGAGAUGCGCGGGCUGCGCUCCGAGGGCCUCUACAGGGUGUCUGGCUUCAGCGAGCACAUCGAGGACGUCAAGAUGGCGUUUGACAGAGAUGGCGAGAAGGCCGACAUCUCGGCCAAUUCGUACGACGACAUCAACAUCAUCACCGGGGCCCUCAAGCUCUACUUCCGAGACCUGCCAAUCCCACUCAUCACCUACGACGCCUACCCCAAGUUUAUCGAAGCUUCAAAGCUGAUGGACGCAGACGAGCGGCUGGAGGGGAUCCACGAGGCGCUGCGACUGCUGCCACCCGCUCACUACGAGAGUCUGCGCUACCUCAUGGCACACCUCAAGCGGGUGACACUUUACUCCAAGGAAAACCUGAUGAGCGCCGAGAACCUGGCCAUCGUCUUUGGACCCACGCUCAUGCGGCCUCCGGAGCAGGACGUCCUCGCCACCCUCAACGACAUCCGCUACCAGCGCCUCGUCAUCGAGACGCUCAUCAACAACGAGGAGAUCCUCUUCUGAGACGCCCUUGCCCCACCUCGCGGUGGUGGCGGGGGGUGGAAGGGGUGGGGGGCGAUGGCCGCCGCCUUCCUCCCAUAGCAGCGCGGGUGCUUCAAUUGUCUGGGGGCGGGGGAGGGCCCCCACUUCAAAAACACCGUCAGCCACUCGCUCCCUCUGCUCACCUGGCCACCCGACUCGGCGCACAGUGGAAAUCUUGCCGACGUUCGGAGUGCGGCACACGGGCCCCGCCUCUCGGGAGAGGAGGCUCACUCCCGGACCAUCGUUCCUCGCGCCCACCAACCGGCCACUUUGUCAUUGCCGCCACUUUGGGCUCUGGGAUCCAGCUGGGCUGGAGGAAGGAGGCAGAGGAGGCCACGGGGCUCCUCCAGCCGUGACUGCUCAUUGUCACGCGGCAUUGCGACGAUGCGCAGGAGAUAGUUAUCUGGGCGGUGUCUCUUUAGGUUUCUCCCUGAUUAAUAUUUUGUUGAUAUUUUGAGUAGAAAAAAGGGAACUGUUAUACUUUGGAUCCUGUAGCUUGUACGGUCGCAAGAGCAAAUUUCUCGAUAAAUGUAACUUCACGCCACACUGUACAGCAUUGGUUAUAAUGCCAGCUGUAAUGUGAAUCUAAUUUUAUGCACAUGUGGGGAAUUCAAUGGUUUACAGUGCUGGGUAUUUAUUUUUGUGCCACCCUUUAAUGAGAUGGGUAAUUCUUGAAAGCUCGAGAGCGAGUGAUGUGCUUUCCCAGUGCGUCAGCAUUGCCUUCAGAGCCUCAGCUAAUGUUUUCGGGGCCAAACGUCAGCCAAGCGACUAAACGGCUUUUCUGAAAUUUGUCUCUUAAUUUGUUUCUGACGAAAUGAUUUUGUUCACACUAUAGCUUUCGUUAUUGUUUACAUGCCCGCUCCACGCAUAAUUUAUUUGAGCUGUGUAUGCGUCACAAUGCUGUUGCAUUGAUUUUUGGGGGGGGGGUGGUAAUGGGGUGGGAAUGGUGGGGGGGAAUCCACAUUGGAUUCCUGUGUGAAAUUCCGGGAUGAAGUCGUUGGCACGGCACCUCGGCAUGAGGGGGGGGGGGGGUUGGGGAGGCGGUUGUUGACACCCCGACUGAAUUAUAUUCCGAUAGCUAUAGCUUUCUGUUGUAACGUGUGCGACCUGUGACCCAGUUUCACUUUUUAUUUUAUUUCCAACCAAGGAAUUGAAAAAAAUAUUUGGGUUGCCGUGCCCGUGUUCAUUUACGAGAAGAAAAAACAAAAAACAAAACAAAAAACUCUCGCUUCAUCUCGGGAAGUCCGCGAGCGUUAAAUCCCAUCGGAGUAAACGCGUUGCGAGGCCCGUCACACGUUUCACCGGCGGGGACGUCCGCUGGGCACGCCUCCCCCCCACUCUCCACGCCGCGAGUUCCGACGCUCUUUGUCACCUCGAGACAAAGUGUGCAGUGCACAGCUGUGAUGUCAACUCACCAAAAUAGCCACGUGGUGGCCGGGGAAACCAGCCACGUGGUGGCCGGUGAAACUGCCCGAGGCACUUUUUACUUCCGCCCCCCUCCCCGCCCUUCCCUCGCUUUCCGCAGCUGUUAAUCUUCCGCGACUGCACUGUGCUAUAUUUUACACAAGUGUGGCUGUUGUGAAAAACGCCAAAGCAGGCCUUGAAUACGCGCAGCCCCCGACGCUGGAUAUAUACAUGUGUACGUGGCUCUCGAGCAGGUGCUUUAACCUUCGCGUGUUUACCCGAGGGUGCAGCCGGGGGCAACGCUUGGCUGCUUCCUGUUUUGAGCAUUUCCUUUUCACGUGGAAUGAAAGCGGAGUACGCGGAGAAAACCCACAACGCACAGGUUUGACACUCCACGCAGAUAGGUUCAGCUACCCGUCUGCUACACAGCUUCUGACCAGGGAACCCCUUUGCCCCUUCAGGUCGGAGUCGCACGCACACAUAACCAUCUCGGCGCAAUCCGUCAGACCUGCCUGGUGUAGGCCACCCCGCCCAAGAAACAGGCCGCCACGGUGCCGUUGCUCUCCAAGGCCCCAGGUGGGAUGUGCAUGUUCCUGCGGCAUGGAAUGGACCAGACCCAGCAGGGGUAGCUAUCUGAACUGAAAAGUAAAAAACUCAACUAUUUAUUUGUAUUUACCAGGUAAUGCCCACUGAGCUUGAAAAGCUCUUUUUUUCAGAAGCGACCUGGCUGUCACAAUUUAUAGCUCGCCGAAGUGGCUUAUCACCAUGUGGAAAUUAACAGCGGCCAAAUAUUCGAAACGCGCGUUGAUUCUAAAUGUGGGGAGAAAAACCAGAGGGGCUGGAGAAAAAUCCACGCGGCCGAGGAGAAACUCCAAAUAUACGGUGACACGCGUUCUGCCCGAGUCCACUUUGCUUUUCUCCACUGCCGAUGAUGUCGAUCGUUCCGAGUCAAUGUGAGGAGGAGUCGUCGUCCUCCUCGUCACGCGUUGUGCGAUCACACGACCGCGAACCGCUCUCGCGUGACCGAUAAAAACAACAAUAUAUAAAACGAAACUAAUUUUUUUACCAUGUAAAGCGCACUGAGAUACGUAGCUUUCAUUCGCAAGCGACCUGGCGGUUACAAAUGACAGCUCAAAUGAAGUGGAUUAUUGUCAAGUGGAAAUGUUUCGCAGCAGCAGCAGCAGCUACAUCACACUCUCCAUGCACGUCGAUCCUGAAUGUGGAGGGAAAAGCCGGAGGACCCGGAGACAAAUCCACGCGACCACGGGGAGCCAAAGGAAACACGCAAAACUCCACACAGACAGCAGGCGUCAGGGUCGGGGUCGGGAUCGAACCCACGACCUCCUGCAUACAAGGCGAGGGUGUUAACAUCUCACCACUGCGGCGCCACCGCGUAUCGAGCAUGCAGGCGGUGUGUAACCACACCACGAAUCGCAGGCCAGGUACUACGAAGGGGAAAUUGGACAGGGUGGGUGCCCCAUUAAUCCCUGACACCGGGGCCCAUGCCAGUUACACGAUGCCACUGGACCUGCCUUGUCUCCGUGUCACGUUGGGUGAUGCUACACCAAGGCUCGGCCGAAUAACAUUUUCAAUGCAGCUCACGAAGACGUUUUUCUUUGCACUUGCAUCGUCAUUAAAAAAAUAUUGCAGCUUUAAAGAGUAAUUCCCACACGCAGCUGUAUUUACAAAAAGAUCCCCUCCCCGAGUAUUUGAGUUCAAAGAUUUGUGCGACUCGGUCAUGUGUUUUGUUAAGGACGAAGGUAUACUCUGUCAAAUGUGAACCAAGGACAUGCAUGGCGAUCAAUGCAGUUUCACCGACUCGCCACUCGUUGCAAGACUCACAUCUGUCACAUGCCUCGGCAGUUUUUUUUGACGCGUUGACAUUUCUGAGCCAUUUUGGAUGAGGCAUGCGUCGGAACAAAUCGCUUUGGCGUGCUCUCGAUCAGCGCUUCCGUCGCUAUCAAAAGCACCGCAGCGUGGUGGUGCCCCAGUGAGCGUUGUCGCGCUGUUGGGCAGCCGCCACUGCCUGCGUGCCUGCGUGCGCUUGUGGUGUGCAGUCUCGACAGAGGGUUCCCUUGCAGGGCUUUUAAGAGGCGGAGAUGCGUGCCGUGUCCAAAGACGCGGCUGACUCCUUCGCAAGCAGAACGCCUUGCCCAAAACAUCGCCCCGUUCGCACACGUGUCUUGUUUUUUGUUUGUUGUCUUGUCAUUCAUCACGGAGCGUCGUCUCGUAAACACAACGGGGUGGGGGGGGGCUUUUUGCUCACUCUCGGUGGCAUCGUGUGAUGGUAGCGUCGGUUAAAAAAAAAAGCUUCCACGCGCCCCCCCGAAAGCGGUCUUCAAAACUCGCGUCGUGGAUUAAAAUCGGCUCGUUGAGUCGCAGACAUCAACCCACGAGCGGGGGGGGGGGGGGGUUGGUGGCGUGUGGCCACUGAACGUUUCUCACGCUCGUGACCGUCGUGUAACGUUCAAGGCUUCCAGGCUCUGUGCGUGCACGCCGGCUCGUUGGUGUGGCUACAGCAGUGAGGACUGCACGGUCCGUGCCGUACGCGUGUAUGCGUUUUUAACUUCUUUUGCACCGUACGUAGCCAACCGUGCUACUCGGAGGUGUGGUGGGAGGACGCCAAACUAAACACAAAAAUAAAUUUUCAAGAAAUUAGUUUUCGAUCUAGAUGAUUUAAAAGUGCAUAGCUUCAGUGGCUUCCUAAUGCUGGAAGGGAGAGCUUUCUAGAUGGCCGCAGAAGCGCGUCUGAAAGCGCGCGAUGCAGUGGCCGUCUUUGUUCGAGUCCGUCUGCGUGUGCGUCCCGUCUUCACGAGCGUGCGGACCUCUGGCUCGUCGGCGUGUUGUUGGAGCCGUGACCAAUCAACCCGGUGGGGGCGAUUCAUUUUGUGUCACUUCGGAAAAAACAAACUCAAGAUGCGUGCCACCGUUGUGCAGAACUUGGCUGUACAUUCACUGUAUUGAUGUGCUUUACGAUGUAAGUUAUUAAAUGUGUUUCUCAA